CACAGCAACAUGAUGGACCUGUUCGAGACCAACACAUAUUUUUUCAACGAUUUACGUUAUCUUGAAGGGGACCAUGGGACCCUGGAUAUGCCUGGCGUGUCGCCGCUCUACGAAGAGAACGACAGCCCUUUAUCGCCGGGACCAGAUCCUGUCCCGUCCGAAACUGGAUGCGAGAGUAGUGGAGAAGAGCACGUCCUUGCGCCGCCAGGGCUUCAGGCGCACUGCGAGGGUCGGUGCCUUAUGUGGGCUUGCAAGAUCUGCAAAAGAAAGUCUGCACCGACAGACAGGAGAAAAGCCGCAACUCUGAGAGAAAGAAGGCGGCUCAAAAAGAUCAACGAAGCGUUUGACGCGUUAAAGAAAAAGACGGUACCCAAUCCGAACCAGAGGCUACCCAAAGUUGAGAUUUUACGCAGCGCGAUAAACUACAUUGAGAAACUGCAAGACCUGUUGCACACGCUGGACGAACAAGAUCAAAACUCUGUCAGUGACCCUUAUACAUACAUCGUCAAAGAAAAUCAUGUGGCUCCUAGUGAGUGUCAUUGGAAAAAGACCUGCCAAAGCUGGCAGGAGAGUCCAGAUCAUUCAAAUUCCCAUACGGCCAGUCACAGAGAAGGAGGCGCAGUGGAGUCUUCGGCAUCCAGCAGCCUUCUUCGGCUCUCGUCGAUUGUUGACAGUAUUGACAGUAUUUCCAAGGAGGACACGAAAGCUCUACCGAAUCAGAAAAGCGAAGCUUAAACACUAUUUUACAUUUCCGACUUUUUAUUUAUUUCCACGCGCUAGUAUUGAAUGUGAUAGAUGACACUUUGCAAUGACUUUCAUCCGUACGCCAAUAACAACAACACUGCUGUGUGAACAUUCGUAUACAGGUUUCAAAAUUAUUAUUCAAAAUUAUUAUUGAUGAAAGUUAACAAUGUAUUCUGUCUAUUAUCUUUAUUAUUUCAACCAUUCGUUUGACACUUCCAGGCUUUUUCCAUGAUCAUCUGAAUUUUUCCUUGAAUUUAUAUGGUCUUCCUAAACUGCAUAUGUAAAUAUUUUGUAAUAUAUUGCUGUUACUUAAAUUAUUUUAUAAAUUAUAAAGAGGAAAAUACCUUUGAGAGCACUUGACCA